GGAGGACUUCACAAUUAUUGUGCAACAAGUAUUUGUGCUUCAUAAUGCUUUGGACUUGAUGCAAGUAGCCAGGCAUGUAUGAAAAUAUGCUUAUAGUUUGAUGCAAUUUGUUUUCCUGUUCGAGAUCUUGGAUUUUGAAUAUAUUUUCUAUUUGUAGAACCGAUCUUUGGGCAUGGCGAACUACAAUCGAUUCAUUUGUCCAUCACUUCAAAUCCUACUCCGGUCUUUGGUCAGAUCCAAUAGUUACGGUUCAAUCGAGAUCCUGGUUCUUCCCAAUAUUAUUCAAAAAUGUCUGGAGGUGAUAAAUCAACCCGGUGCGAUCUCUUCGUAUUUGGAGCCAAUGAUGAAGGGCAACUAGGCACCGGAUGCAAAGAGGAGAAGGUAUUCAUACCUACUCGAGCAAUUCGGGGAGCCAGCUUUUGGUCCAUGUCCAUUGUGGGCGGUUCAAAGCAUACACUCUUACAGGAUGAACACGGCAAUGUCUUCGUUGCUGGUCAAAAUACAGACCGCCAGCUAGGCUACUUCAAUUCCUCCCCUCCCAACUCCAAGGUCGCAGCUAUAGAGGACCCGGCGCAGACCAGCCUCUGCGAAUUUACUCUCAAGCGCAACGAUGUUGCGUUCUGUGCAGCGACUUGGGAUUCCUCUGCGUAUGUGCUUCAAGGUUCAGCUACGGAAGCGCUCAAUGAAGUUAUCCAUACCGAGGGAAAGGGUUUAGAUGGCGAGCUGGGCCGCGGAGCAUGCAUAAGCACAGCAGAGAUCCGCACCGUUCGGUCAUCAGCGGGAUCAUACCUAGAUCCACUCGAUCCUCUACCAGAUCAGGUGCGCUCAUUCGCGGCAGGUCAUUCCCAUUAUGUAGCAGUGCUCAAGAACGGACAAGUCUGGGGUUGGGGGAAAGCGAAUAAGAGCCAAUUAGGUGAUCUCCAGGAAUCGAGUACAAAGAAAAUAUCCGAACCGAGACAACUUCCAGAUAUAGGCUUCGAAGCUGUCAAGAUUGUAUGCGGCAAGGAGUUCACGUACAUUGUAGCAGAUCCAGCGGACGGUAGACAUUUGAUCCUAGGUCAGGACAAGGGCGGCUUGAAAAGCAACAUGCCAGCUUCCAUUCAAAAUUGGAAGGACAUUGGCGCUACUUGGAACGCCAUCUACGUCUUAUACCAGGACGGCACUCUGCAAGCUUGGGGCAAGGAGUUCCUCUACCAACUAGUCCCGCCUGGAUUACCACCACUUGAUCAGAUCGCCAUUGGUUCGGAACAUGUUCUCGCGCUCACUCGAGCUUCGGACACUUCUCCCUCUAAACUGAUCUCUUGGGGUUGGGGCGAGCACGGCAAUUGCGGAGAUGUGUCUACCAUGGAUCCGCCUCCUGCUAUGCCCAGGUGUUGUGUCACCGGCAGAUGGAACGAAAUCGACAUUCCAGGCAGCAUUUUGUCGAUUGGUGCAGCCCAGGCGACUAGUUUCGUACUUACUGAAGUGCGCAGUCAGUCGUCUAACUUGGCCGAAGUAAAUGAUGUGGUGGAGUUGACAGUACAACAAAAUAUCGAAUAGCAUCUACGGUAUUCAGUUGUGUGGGGAUCUUGAUAAAUGUACUUCAUAACAAUCGAAUAAAACCGUUCCUAUUAGGAUCGUAUGUUUCUACAGAUUGGGCGCGUAAGACUCCCUGCCCAGCCCACCAAUAGACUUGGUGAAGAUCGAGCUUCAUUACUCCAACAUUUUAGACCCGUAACCU